UAUAUACCAACCCUAGGGUAUAGAGAAGUGAAACGCUGCGGCCAUGCGCGCCAACGCCAUUUCUUUAACGACUGAAUGCAUCUACCGCAGUUACAACAGCAUACACCUUCCCUAUGGAGCAUAGCAUCCAGGAAACUAGCUUGUAACCGACCCUUAACCGCGCGUUCUGGUAGCCUCGUAGCACACUGCGCCUUCGCGUCUUCUGCUUUCGGAAACUCCUCUUCCCCUGUGAAACCUAUUGUCGUCAUGGGCAGAUACACCAACAUGAUGCUUGGAGGCCACCGUGGGAUGGGCGAGAAUCUGACAACUGUUAAGACGGAUGGAAAGCUUGGCGUGUACCCCGCAUUUCGGGAGAACACCAUUCAGUCCUUCCAACAAGCAGCAAAGUGCGGAGUCGGUUUCGUGGAGUUUGACGUGCAGGUGACUCGCGACAACGUGCCGGUCAUCUGGCACGACGAUGAUGUGGUCACCGGCCCCGCAGACCACCCCAGCAAGCCUCAGAUAAAGGACCUAACCCUCGCGGAGCUCCAAACCCUUUGCGGCAGCAGCGGCAGGUACCAGCCAGGUGGCAGUCACGAGGGGCGCGGCAGCGGCAGUGACAGCGGCGGCAGCAGCAGCGGCGGCGACCCCCCGGGUGGCGAGCUGAUGAGGCUGUUCCGUGACCGAGUGACGCGGCAGUGGGGCAGCGGCUACCUACCGUGGCGGUGCGAUCAGGACGACGCCAUCCCCACCCUGGAGGCUGUCUUCGCCUCCAUGCCGCCGGAGAUCGGAUUCGACAUUGAGAUCAAGAUGACCACGGGCGAUGACGUGGUUCACACGCCCUCCCAGGAGGUGGACCGCAUGCUAGGCGCAAUCCUUCCGGUCGUUCACCGCUGCUCCUCCCUGCCAUCCUCCUCCUCCUCCUUCCCCUCCGCCUUCACCUCCUCCUCCCCAGCGGCACCCCUGCCGCCGCCUCCGCUGACGCCCCAGUCCGCUGCUCGCCGGCGCCGCAUCAUCUUCUCCUCCUUCGACCCCGACGUGUGUGUGGAGCUGCGGCGGCGGCAGGAGGAGCACCCCGUAUACUACCUGUCGGGCUGCGGGCUGUACGCGCACGCAGACGCGCGGCGCACCUCCAUUCCCGCCGCGCUGAGCUUUGCUGCGGAGACGGGCAUGCGGGGCAUCGUGGUGCCGGCGUCGGUGCUGCUCAGGAACAUGGACAUGGUGGUGAGCGCCUCCCGCAGCCAGCUGGAGCUGAUGACGUACGGGCUGGAGAACAACGAUCUGGACAGCCUGCGCGCGCAGGCGGACGCGGGCGUGGUGGCGGCCAUAGUGGACGAGGUGGCGG